GGAAAAAAAAAAAAAAAAAAAUAGCAUACACUUGUAUUUUCUGAAAGUUUUACCUCUUACACCCUUUGCAUUUACACCCUUUGCAUUUUUAGUUCUCACUUCUAUCAUCUUGUUCUCUGGUUUAUUUUAUACCUCCUUGUUCCCACUCCCCUUGGUGGUUUUGGUGUUUUUUUGUUUUGGGGUUGUUUUUUUUUUUUUUUUUUUUUUUGGUGCUGGAAUGGAAGAGUGGCUACAUAUUCUGUGGUCUUUCGAAGUUAUAUAUCUUGGCUUUUAAUUCAGCAGGUGGUCUCAUAUUGAUUUUUUAGAUGGAAUUUAAUAUUUUGAGUUGCCUUUUUGACCAACAAGAAGGGGGCUUUAUUUCAGAAGUUUGAGUAGUUUGGUUGGAUGGUCUGGGAAAGAGGUCUCUGAAACCCCAACCUGACUCCUGAGAAGCAGAGAAGUUUAGGGCAUCUCCCCUGGGUGUCAGGAGGAGAGUUUAGGCUUGCCUACGUAGCAGUAAGAGAGUAUACUGUUUAGAUCUCCCUCUUUGCCAUCUGCCCCUUCAUUUCAAUUUAGGGCUUCUAGGCCUUUCCUGGGCAUGGUUCCCAGAAAGUUCCUCUGCUGCUGCUACCCUGAUCAGGUUUCUGGAUCUGUUAAUAAUAGACAACAGUGGGGGAAGGGCCAGGAUCAUUAUGGAAAUAGGAGCAACUAAACCAGAUGGACAGUUCCUAUGCACAGGGCCCUGUCUGUCUGCUCCUGUCCUGUGUCUGAGGAGCAUUCUGCAGUGAACAUGUCUUCUAAGCCAUCCUUUGGAGCCACAUUAACCUUGUGAAGGUCUCCAAGUGCCUUUCCCCAAAAUCAGAACACAUGAUCUGGGGUGCUUAUGAGGACACUGAAACAGAAUGUUUGAGAUUCAAACUCUACCAGGAAACCCUGGAGGGGUGAUAAUACCCCUCACGGAACACCCAGAAGGGAAGGAGGUUGGGCCGCAAUUAGGUGAGGCAAAUAGUGACUCAGAGAGGCAAACUGUAUGUAAUCCUGGAAUCCAGAAGGGGAGUGGGGAAGGGGAAGGGGAAGUAUGGAAAAAUAAGGACAGGAUGAUGUUGGAGAAGUGGAAAUGGGAGAGUAAGACGAGCAUGUGACACAGGACCACUAUUAAGUAAAAUAUGAAAUCAGCACAGUUUAAAUCUUGAUGCCUCCUAAUCUUCCUGUUCUCCAUGAAUGGACUUCCGUCUUCUGCCUCUACUCCCUGCAUACUCCUUUUCCUUUACCAAAACCUGCUCGUAGUACAGUAAACUCAACUUAGGUCACGACUCCUCCCUCCUCCCAAAAGUAACCACUAUCCUGACGUUUAUGGUAAUCACUCAGGAUUUUAUUUUAAUGGGACUAACGAUUUAGCUAUAAAUAAUCACUGAUGGUAGACUAUUAGGCAGUUGAGGGAUGUUUGGAGGAGACACAAGAGGCAGCUGGAUCUCAGCACACUCAAAAAUCACACCACUUCAUACAGUUAGUUCCCUCUGUGCCUAUGAUUAAGACACACCUCACCAGAAGACGAUCCCACAGAACUCCAAGUACAGUGCUGUGCCCUAUGCCCUCAGCUCCAUACUGUCAUCCACUGAUCCAGAAAGAACCAUACCCCACAGUCUUCCCAAGGCAGAGCAAAAGUAGGUCCCAGCUCACAGUACUUGGGCGAGUGUAAGGGACUGGCAGUCUCUGCUGCUGACAUGUGAGGCUAGGACAUGGCCUAAACUUCCCUGGGCCUUAGUUUCUCACUGUGAAGUAUGGGGCCAUGAUAAAGCCCUUUACAAUCCCCUAUUCCUCACCUAACUUGGUGCCCUUUCCUCAAUCUUGGUUUCUGUUUCCACUGCCUAUUUAUACACGCUGUAAGAAGCUCAUUACCUUCCUUUCCCAGUUGGGUGUCUUUCCAGCCUUGUGCUCCUCUUUUUGCCCUUGAUCCUCAGACACCAUGAUUCUGCUUCAUUUCUACAUGUACCAUUAUAAAAACACAUAUACGUCCUUGCAUAUUAGAGGUGCUGAACAAAUGGUUGUAGAAUGAAUGAAUAUAUGAAACAAAUUGUUUUCUACAUUCACGUACGCAUUCCUUCAAUAUUUAGCAAGUACCUAAUAUAUACGUAGAUACCAAGCUAUCCCUCUACACAAAUCAUUCCUCUCCUCCUUUUCUCAUCUUCCCCCUUUCCCAUUCUAUCUUUUUUCCUUUCCCUGAGCCAUAGAGUUAGACUGAGUGCCCGGCAAGGCAGGAUGCAGAGACACUUCUGCCAGUGGAAACAGACACCAUGGAAAGGAGCCAGAUGAAAUAAGGGCAAAGACAGCUGUACAACACGCAGAGAGAAACCAACCAGAAUGAAAAGCAGUGAUUCAUGGAGCACUGCAACUCGGAUACUCCUUGGGUUUCACUCUGAGAGCUACUGCAGGACUGAGGUCAGUGAGGGCUGGCAUCAAGAUGAAGGACAGACAGGCUCCUCCUCCCUGGAGAUGUGAUGCCCGUCAAUCCCUCCCCUUAAUCCUCUUCUGCGCACCCCACCCCCACUACUCCCUCACACUGACCAGUGUCCUGGGCCUUUAAGAGUUGGAUGGGCUGGACUGAGGAGAGCGCUCACACCUCUCCCCACCCUACUCUUUCUAUCUGACUGUAAGUCUGCCAGUGACAGCAGCAAACUGCAGCAGAAGAGGGGAGGAAGCCAGAGAGUGCAAGAGAAGCAAAGGAGAAAAGGAGCCCUCCUGGGUUUCCUCGGCCCACAGCAGAAAGCGUCGCAGAUCUCAGACACAGGACUCCUCUCCCGCCCACGGUGACUCUGGCAUCAGCUGGUGAAGCAGUGGGUGAUGGCAUCCCUGCUGCAAGGCCGGCUGCCUGUUAAUCAAGACCUGCUGCUGAUGCAGAAAGGCACGCUGAUGCGCAAGGUGAGGUCCAAAAGCUGGAAGAAGCUAAGAUACUUCAGACUUCAGGACGAUGGCAUGACAGUCUGGCAUGCCCGGCAGGCCGGAGGCAGGGCCAAGCCCAGCUUCUCAAUAUCCGACGUGGACACAGUGCGUGAGGGCCACGAGUCUGAGUUGCUGCGAAACCUGGCAGAGGAGUUCCCCCUGGAGCAGGGCUUCACCAUCGUCUUCCAUGGCCGCCGCUCCAACUUGGACCUGGUGGCCAACAGUGUUGAGGAGGCCCAGAUCUGGAUGCAGGGGCUCCAGCUGUUGGUGGACUUUGUCACCAGCAUGGACCAACAGGAGCGGCUGGACCAAUGGCUGAGUGAUUGGUUCCAGCACGGAGACAAAAACCAGGAUGGUCGGAUGAGUUUCGGAGAAGUCCAGCGGUUACUGCACCUGAUGAACGUGGAAAUGGACCAAGACCAUGCCUUCCAGCUUUUCCAGAGAGCAGAUGCAUCCCAGUCUGGGACUCUGGAGGGAGAAGAAUUUGUAGAGUUUUAUAAGUCAUUGACUCAGCGUCCUGAGGUGCAGGAACUGUUUGAAAAGUUUUCAUCUGAUGGGCAGAAGCUGACACUGCUGGAAUUUGUGGAUUUUCUCCAAGAGGAGCAGAAAGAAGGAGAACGGGCUUCUGACCUUGCUCUAGAACUCAUCGACUGCUAUGAGCCUUCAGAUAGCGGCAAACUGCGGCAUGUGCUGAGCAUGGAUGGCUUCCUCAGCUACCUCUACUCAAAGGACGGAGACAUCUUCAAUCCGACCUGCCUCCCCAUCUACCAGGAUAUGACUCAGCCCCUGAACCAGUACUACAUCAGCAGUUCCCACAACACCUACCUAGUGGGAGACCAGCUUUGUGGCCAGAGCAGCGUGGAGGGAUACAUACGGGCCCUGAAGCGAGGAUGCCGCUGCGUGGAGGUGGAUAUAUGGGAUGGACCUAGCGGGGAACCUAUUGUUUACCACGGACACACACUGACCUCUCGCAUCCCGUUCAAAGAUGUUGUGGCCGCCAUUGGACAGUAUGCCUUCCAGACAUCAGACUAUCCAGUCAUCUUGUCCCUGGAGAACCACUGCAGCUGGGAACAGCAGGAGAUCAUAGCACGCCAUCUGACAGAGAUCCUGGGAAAUCAGCUACUGAGCACCACCUUGGAUGGGCAGCUUCCCACUCAGCUGCCCUCCCCUGAGGAGCUUCGGAGGAAGAUCCUUGUGAAGGGAAAGAAGUUAAAAACGCUUGAGGAGGAUCUUGAGGAAGAGGAGGAGGAGCCAGAGUCUGAACUGGAGGAGGCUGAGCUGCAGCUGGAGGCCCAGAUGGAGUCUGAGCCCCAGGAGUUGAGCCCUCGCAGUAAGGACAAAAAGAAGAAAUCCAAGCCCAUCUUAUGUCCAUCCCUCUCUGCCCUGGUCGUCUACUUGAAGGCUGUCACGUUCUACAGCUUCACUCAUUCGAGGGAGCACUACCGCUUCUAUGAAACGUCAUCUUUCUCUGAAGCCAAGGCCAAGAGCCUCAUCAAGGAGGCUGGCAAUGAGUUUGUGCUGCACAAUACCUGGCAGUUAAGCCGCGUAUAUCCCAGUGGCCUGAGGACAGAUUCAUCCAACUACAACCCCCAGGAGUUCUGGAAUGCAGGCUGCCAGAUGGUGGCUCUGAAUAUGCAGACUGCGGGGCUUGAGAUGGACCUGUGUGAUGGGCUCUUCCGUCAGAAUGCUGGCUCCGGCUACGUGCUGAAGCCAGACUUCCUGCGUGACGCCCAGAGUUCCUUCCACCCUGAGAGGCCCAUCAGUCCGUUCAAAGCCCAGACCCUCCUAAUCCAGGUAAUCAGUGGGCAGCAACUCCCCAAAGUGGACAAGACCAAGGAGGAGUCCAUUGUGGAUCCACUGGUAAGAGUGGAGAUCUUUGGCAUCCGCCAAGACACAACCCGGCAAGAGACCAGCUAUGUGGAGAACAAUGGUUUUAAUCCAUACUGGGGGCAGACACUGUGCUUCCGGGUCCUGGUACCUGAACUGGCCCUGCUGCGUUUUGUGGUAAAAGACUAUGACUGGAAAUCCCGAAACGAUUUCAUUGGUCAGUACACCCUGCCUUGGAACUGCAUGCAACAAGGUGAGCCAGUCCUCCCACCCCUGGCCCGCACCCCAGCUCUGGGCUGCCUUCCUAAUACUGUCCCCCGCCCCCCCGCUUUCCAGGUUACCGCCAUAUACACUUGCUCUCCAAGGAUGGCAUCAGCCUCCAUCCAGCCUCCAUCUUCGUGCACAUCUGCACCCGGGAAGGGCUAGAGGGGGUUGAAUCUUAAGGUGGGCACUUCACGGGAAGAGUGGGUACAUCGGCUUUAGACGGUAAGAAAAGCCUGGAAGGAUGCUCCAGAAAGCAAACAGAGGUGGUGAAAACCAAGCUUUGGACUGUGCAUUCCUAGGCACAAAAUUACUUCAUCCUUCCUGACAAGCAAAUCUAGGACCUGAUUUUUCACUUUCUUUCUUUUCCCUUUCUUCGUUUUCACCAGCCUUUGGUAUCAUUCCUGUCCUUACCCUCUGCACACUCUACACUGGAAUUCCUUCCUUCCUUCCUCUUGCUAUAGGUUCAAUACCAUACCCAGAUCUAGGACUACACUUUCACACCAACUCUGGCUCAAAGGCAGAUUGCAACUAGAAAUCCAGAGAAGGGCUUGGGGCAGACAAACCCUCAGAGGCACUAUCUCCUCCACCUCUAACUUCCUCAAAGUCCAGAGCCAAGGGAAUGACAAAUCAAGCCCCAAGGCUCCCCAGGCAAAGGCUGGGGAAGGAGAUCUGACCCCAAGACUGUAUUACGACUGUCAAGAGAACACUACACAGCCCUCAGAGUCUCCACUGGACUGCUGCUCCCUAGCCCCUCUGGUAUAAAUAGAGCUUCUCUCU